GAGCAGCGAGUUCCAAGCAGUCAACGCUCUGCUCUCAGCACCUCCGCAGGUCUAGCUCUUAUCACAGUGCGUCCCCGAUCGGCAGUUGGAUUUUCCACUUCUGUUUUGCUGUAUCUGUAUCUGUAUCUGUGCCAACAAACAAUAACAAUCCAAGAUGGAUCACGACCACGAUCACGGAUCUGACGACUCCACCAGCACGGAGAAAUCCUGCCCCAUGAUCAUGGUGUUCCAUGGCGGACACUGCGAACGGAUUUUGUGGCGAGGCUGGGUGGCUUCCACGGUGUGGGAGUUCGUCCUUUCCGCGCUGGCCAUCUUCCUGGUGUCCUUCCUGUACGAGGCCCUCAAGUUCCUGCGCCAGCAGCUUGCUCGCCGGGAAGCCCGCAAGGAGAGCGAGCGACUGGCGGCGGAGCAGCGCAGGAAAGCCGAGACGCCAUCGACCGGAGGAUGCUGCUCGGAAACCCCACUGGCGGAGCCCAGGGAGCAGACUUACUGGCAGCUCCUGUUCGCCUCGUCGCACAUCCUGCAGUCGCUGCUCAACCUGCUGCAGAUCGUCAUCUCGUACCUGCUCAUGCUGAUCUUCAUGACCUUCAACUACUGGCUCUGCCUGGCCGUCAUCCUGGGACUGGGUCUGGGCUACUUCUUCUUCGGGUGGAACAAGAAGAAUCCGGACGAGAGCGAGUGCUGUCCCUAAGAGCAGGAUGUUCCAUCGUUAUUGUUAAGCCCCACAGCCCUUGUCAGUUUUGGCUCACGCACAUCAGACAGUCCCGUCCCCAAAGUAACCACAGAAAUUGUCUAAAAAUACAAUUUAUUCGAUAGUUACACUUGGUUUAAUCGUAAUUGAUGUAAUCGUAGCAUAAAUUAGUCAACUAGUUUACUUAGUGAGCAUAUUGUACAAAUAGUAGUUAUGAGAACAAGAACCUAUACAAUCGAUUAACGUACCACUCAAUACUUUCCAUUUAACAAUAAAGGUUUAUUUCGUAACUUAA